AUGUCGAGUGUAGUUGACCCGAACAAUGACCCGAAUGUCGGCUCCUCGCGAGGUGAUGCCUCCUCCACCUCGGGCGACAUCGUCAGCGGUCUAACGGGGAAAGUAGUUCCUCCUCAGCCUCGGCGCUGGUGA